AUGCAGGAGGUGCGUCAAUCCACACCGGGGCUCGCUCGACAAUGUUUACACGGAGGAGCAGUUCCGCAUUCUCGUCUCAGACAUCCUGCCGCACUGGGCCAAGGAGUACUUCAGGUCGUCGAUGGCGUACCCCAGUCAGUCGAUGUGGAAGUCCUUGGCUGUGCGGGUGAUGAUCCUGAUGGCGCAUCACAUGCUGGGCAGGGGGAUCAGCAUCCGCGAGAUCCGCUAUUGCAACAUGUUCACUCACGUCCUACAGCCCAUCACGAAGUGUCCGGGGGAAUCAUCGAUCCUCGUUCUCGUGGUCGCCUAUCGCAACUCGAAGACCAUCAAAGACAACAAGCUCGGCCACCUGUACCUGACUCGACACAUGGACUUCCAGCAGUGCGGCUUCGGAGCAGUUUUCUUGUGGAUACACUUCCUAUCGACCUUGUGCCGCUCUACUACGACGACGAAAAGAUUGUGCCCCCCUUGGAUUUUACCAACCCGGAAGCGUGGUCGAAGAAGCACAUGUUCUUCCCCCUCUUCGAUAAAGAGAAGGGCGAGUUGCCGUACCCGACUCACAACAAAAGGGUGACCUGGGCGAUGAACAGUGCGGUGUGGAUCCUGUCGAAAGUCACACACAUCUUUCGACGGUCUGCGGCACAGAUUCUCGCCGACAAGAACUGUGACCUCGACACCAUCGCGCAGCUGGGUCAAUGGGACAUGAACGAGAUGCGCAGGUCAUACGUCACAGGCAUCCCGCGCCCGGCCAUCCAGCUGCAAGCGGGCUUCUCGGCGGAACCGGGCGAUUAUUACAUCGGAAGAUCGAAGACCGAAGUGCCUGCUAAGGUAAUGAAGGAUAUCGAGGAGCACAUCUUUCCAAAGGAGGAGCAGUGGCUCAUCGAGGCGAUGGAGUGGAACAACGAGUAUGACAAGGAACAUGUGUACUACACAGCGAAAAGUUUCUUGGAGGCCCUGCAAGCCGCCCAAUUGCCCAUCGCAGAGGAUCUUGCGAUGUACUACGUCCAUUGCGACGACCACCCCUUUGACGGCGUGAGCGUUUGCGAAUGCGAGCGUCACCCUUACACGCAGAUGUCGGGUCUGUGCAAGAACGAAGAUUUCCAAAAAUGGGCGCUCGACGUGUACCUGCUCGACAAGUACGGCAUCGAGAUGUGGACCAACCCCACGAUGUCGAGGGCUUCGGACGUAUCCUCUCAACUUGGCAAGAAGCACCUCAUCACGCAACUUCGGGCCGAGAUCAACUUCCACAAGGAGGGAGGGAAAAGGGAAAUCCGGAUCAACCACCUCGAGAAGCAGGUCGAGUCAUUGGAGCGGGAGAAGCGCUCGAUGCAGUCGGAGUUGGAGGCGAAGACAGAGGUGCUCACGCAACUACAGAAAGCGUUCGACGCACUGAAGAAUACCGCGGCGACAAGCGCAGCUGCAAAUGUGGGGGAGAGCGAGCGCGUGCCGUAG